GAAAAUUCUUUUAGAAUUCUUUGAACAAACUAUCACUUACUUUAAUUUAAGAUUUUUUGGUAAUUUCAGGUCAAGUUCGCCUUCGCCAUCGUCAUCAAAUCUGGCGUGCUUCUUCUGCUCUCAGUUGCUCUCGGUGACAAAGCAUCGAGUCGGCCUAAGUCAGAAUCAGCUAAGAGCCGCACUACAUGAUAAAUGUCGAGCGCUACCCGUUAUUCUCAAGGGGCAAUGUUUCACUUUUGUUGAGAAGUCUUUGCCGGAAAUCUACUUUUCUCUUAACUACGACUUCUCAACGAAGGGCAUUUGUGUUCGAUUGAACAUCUGCGAUGAGAACAAUCCGCUUGCGGUCGCGAUGUCGAAAAGUACAAGCACUUUUGAAGAUGAAGAAGACCUAGAACCCACUACUCGUACAAACUACCCUAGUAGAGCAAAACAGGAUCGGUUAGGAGCGCAACGCAUUUCGGAAGAGUCAGACAAAAAUGUACUUGAAGAGAAGCGAAUCACAUGUGCUUUCUGUGAACGAAUGCUGGAAAACGCCAAGAACUACGCGGUAACGGCAAAGGCGGAUAUACACUCGUUUGCGAACACAGUAUGUUCAAAGCUACCGAACGGCUUGUCACAACAGAACUGUUAUGAUAUGGCUGACAAGAAGAUUGCCGAGCUAGCAAAAUUCGUCGAUCAGCAAGUCAUCGAAGCGCUAUGGUGUACUGAACUCAAUCAGUGUUAG